CUGUAACCCAUGUGGCAUGCGUGUUAUAACAUUAUUGCGAUUUGCGCUUUGCAACGUUGUAAAGGCGCCUUAUUUGGAGCUGCUUCGCGAAUAGCCCCUCAUUCUGCGAACCUAGUUGCUAGUGCAUUUUAUAAGAAAAGUAUAGCUCUUGUAGUGUGUCUUCCUUGAAACAUGCUGGCGAACCGGCUCCAGUCCUCGGCUGGGUCACGGUGCCGUUCGGAGCGCCAGGCUGCGCCUUUGCAAGUGCGCCCAAGCGCUCGUAAAUGUAUUGUGUUAAAUGUAGCUACAUUGCAACGGUCAGAUAAUACAAUUAAUAACAUAAUGGCCGCUCAAUCACUUACACCCGCUUUGAGCACGGGAGAGGACUUCCGCAUAAGCACUAACAUAGAGACAGCGCAUAUCCCUGUGGGAUUGCGGAAAGACUGCGUGCUGUUCUACACUCCCGACACCGAGGAGCUUGCUCAAAAGGUCGCAAUCCAAGCUGGCGGCGCAAUUACGCUGGGCCGCAUCAAGUGGAAGAAGUUCGCUGAUGGCUUUCCUGACCUCUUUGUCGAGAAUGCAACCAGCAUCCGCAACCGCCACGUCGCGUUCUUGGCUUCCUUCACGAAUCCUACCGUCAUCUUUGAACAAAUUUCCGUCAUCUACGCACUACCUCGUCUUUUCGUGAGCUCCUUCACGUUAGUGCUUCCAUUCUUUCCAACGGGGACGAUGGAGCGGGUGGAGACUGAGGGCGACAUUGCUACGGCCAACACCCUUGCUCGCUUGCUAUCCAACGUGCCUCCGUCACGCGGGGGUCCAACGAGCCUUGUCAUCUUUGACAUCCACGCACUGCAGGAGCGAUUCUACUUCGGUGACGCUGUGCUGCCGCUUUUCGAGUCGGGAGUGCCGCUGCUACUCGAACGCCUCCGGCAGCUUCCGGACAAGGAUUUAAUAACGAUUGCAUAUCCAGAUGAGGGCGCCUGGAAACGCUUUCAUUAUCAGUUUAAGAGCGAGGGCUAUCCGGAGGUAAUCUGCACAAAGGUUCGCGACGGCUCAAAGCGCAUCGUGCGGCUCAAGGAGGGCGAGCCAAAGGACCGUCACGUCGUCAUCGUGGACGAUUUGGUGCAAUCCGGAGGGACCCUCAUAGAGUGCCACGCGCUGCUCGCUUCCCUCGGAGCAAAACACGUGAGCGCCUUUGUCACGCACGGCGUCUUCCCCAACAUGUCCUGGGUCAAGUUCCGGGCGGACCUGGGCGGCGGUGCGCAGGAGGGCUUCCGGUACUUCUGGCUGUCAGAUUCGUGCCCGCAGACGGUCCGCGACGUCCGGAAUAAAGCGCCUUUCGAGGUGCUUUCCUUGGCCGGCCCAAUUGCUGCCGCACUUCAAAUCUGACAAGGAAGGGAGAGUGAGAUAUCUUCUGUAUUUACGACGCGUCUUGACGAGCCGACAUCCGGAGAGAGUUGCGGCUUCGACCCAUUGUGUCUUUUGGCACGGGUUGGGUGUCUGCGGUAUUUUCAUUUCUCAUCAAAGACAUGUCCCGUGCGAUUUGGGUUUUUUGGGGUAGAAGCUAGAGGAGGUUUGUUUUUAUGCAGUGCAGAUUGCGGCGGAGUGGUCCUGCGGAGUAGCGCCUUCCUACCACGGAGGAAGGGAACUACCCGGCGUUGCAGCAGGUGACGUGGAAUUUGGUGCCUAUGGUCGGUCGGCGCCGUAUUGAAGUGUUGUGGGAAAUGGGGCCGGAUUUCGAUAGCAUCUUC